UGCAGUUAAGCACAUAUAUUUUUCAGACUACUCUAGAGUAUGUGAAUUCAUUGGAUAGCAAAUGUGAAAAUACUGACCUCAUAGUGUUUGUGUUAGAGAGACUGAUUACGUCUCUCUAACACAAACGUUUACAAGUAAAUUUAUGAGUAAUUUUCUCCUGAGAACCACUCUUGUUAUUUUUUGAUGAUGUGGAUGCAUUUUCUUUAAGUUUUGGAUUUAUUAGAUCUGCAUUUAGUUCUCCUCCUCUCAGUUCCUUAACGGAUUCAGUGGGAGUCUCUUAGAUGUCACAUUGGUGAACUUUAAAGUUAAACCUGUAGUUCUUCUUUUACUUACUCAGAUGUUUGAAGCAGUUAGUUUCAAAAUCCAUACACGAAGAUGCCACAUUUUAAGCCCUAAUGUACAACUCUGAGUAUUCACCAAGGAGACGAUGGAGAUUUUUAGCUAGGUCUAAGAGCAUGGUCAUGGGGGAGCUCUCCCGCGGCUCCAGCAGGCCGUCGUCCCCCAGCCUCCAAGAGAGGGCGCUGAAAGCUGGCUGGCUUAAGAAACAGCGCAGCAUCAUGAAGAACUGGCAGCUGCGCUGGUUUGUGCUCCGAACUGAUCAGCUCUACUUCUACAAGGAUGAGGAGGAAACCAAACCACAGGGAUGUAUCCCGUUGCAGGGUAGUCAAGUCAACGAGCUGACAGCCAAUCCUGAUGAACCUGGGCGGCAUCUUUUUGAAAUAGUUCCAGGCUGUACAGGAGAGAAGGACAGAUCGGCUCUCAGCCAUGAGGCUUUCCUGCUCAUGGCAAACUCCCAGAAUGACAUGGAGGAUUGGGUCAAAGCCAUCAGACGUGUCAUCUGGGCUCCCUUUGGAGGAGGUAUCUUUGGUCAGCGACUGGAGGACACAGUACAAUAUGAGAGGAAGUUUGGACCACGGCUAGCCCCUCUCCUGGUGGAGCAGUGUGUGGAUUUCAUACGGGAACAGGGUCUGAAAGAGGAGGGGCUCUUUAGGAUGCCAGGACAAGCCAACCUGGUCAAAGAACUCCAGGAUGCUUUUGACUGUGGUGAUAAGCCUCUGUUUGACAGUAACACUGACGUUCACACAGUGGCGUCCCUGCUGAAGCUCUACCUCAGGGAGUUGCCCGAGCCUGUGAUCCCCUUUAACAAAUAUGAGGACUUUCUAACCUGUGCACAGCUUCUGCUAAAAGAUGAAGAAGUGGGACUCGGUGAGCUUGUGAAGCAGGUGAACAAUCUUCCUCAGGCUAAUUAUAAUUUGUUAAAGUACAUUUGCAAAUUCUUAGAUGAGGUGCAGUCACACGCAAAUGAGAACAAGAUGAGCGUUCAGAACCUUGCAACAGUUUUUGGACCAAAUAUCCUUCGGCCUAAAAUAGAGGACCCUGUUUCAAUGAUGGAAGGAACCUCCCAGGUUCAGCAGCUGAUGACGGUGUUGAUCAGUGAACAUGAGCGUCUUUAUGUGGGUAGUGAGGGAGAUCUGUCUUCUGAGCAGACCGAAAGUUGUCUUGGGGGUCAGCGCAGCAUGGCGGAGUGGAUCUCCGAUGAGGAGAUGCUGAACUGCUCAUCACCGAGCCAAACGUCAAAAGUGGCAGAGAGUGUGUGCGACAGUGCCACGUCUUUAGAUAUCAGUACAGGAGCCCCUAUCACUGCCAAAAUGACACCUCAGGGAAAAGCUGGGGUGACGGUCAGCCCCAGCAAGCAGAUGAAAUCCCUCCCCUCCUGGAAAUACUCCUUCAAGAGCGGAGGGGUACGUGCUCAGCCCGCGAAAAUAGGGGGCUCGUCCGUGGACGUGUCCACCUUGCCCAGUACGGGCAACUGGUUGAUGAACGGGCUUUCUUCUCUACGCAGCCACCGGCGUACUUCGUCAGGAGAGCGCAUGGGAAAGGAUUCAGCCCUGUCGAACCGCCUGUCCACUUACGACAAUGUGACUUCAUCCAGUCUCAGCGUACCCAGUGUCGCGAGCACGCCCUGGUCCACGUCCUCCUGUGAGAUCUUAGUGGCUGACUCCGUGGGCAGUGACCCUUCUGGACUGAACUCUGUGAAGGUGGAGUGGUCAGUCGGAGGGCCUGUCCAAGGGCAAAGUGAGGACAGGAGUUCAGAGGUCACAGAGAGCAGCGAAGCACUGGAAAUGUGUGUGAGCAGUGCAGGCUGCAGCGAGAAUGGAAAUGUUGAAGAUAUGGUGAACGCCACAGGAGAUACUGACACUAGCACAACAGCACUUAACAGCCUGAUAACAGAGCUGAAAGAUGAGUUGAAGAAACAGAAGGCCAACUAUGAAUCACGAAUACGAAGGUUAGAGGAAUCAAGCAUCACUCUGCGUAGCCAAAUGGAGAGACUAGAGGAGGAGCUGGACCAGGAGAAGAAAAAGUAUCGCAUGUUGGAAAUUAAACUCCGCAACUCUGAGCGGGCCCGUGAGGACGCAGAGAUCCGCAACCGCUUGCUCCAGAACGAAAUGGAGGAGUUCUUCUCCACCUUGGGAGAUCUUACAUUGGGAACAAGGACAAGCAAAAUUUGACUGGAGCUCUGACAGUCCUCUUGAUUUAACACUGAGAGACUGUGUGUUGUAGAUAGCAUUUUGAAAUCUCUCUGCUCAUGCAUCAUGAGUAUUCAGAGGUAAUUUUGUGCUGUUUUGUAACGGCGUCUUGAUCGUGUAGCAAUUUCACUUUUCUCUCUGAACUUCAGUCUUACAUUUUAAAGGGAUAGUUCACACAAAAAUACAAAUUCUGUGAUUUACUCACCCUCAUGUCGUUCCAAACGCAUAUGCUGUUUGUUUGUUUUUUUGCAGAGAAAAAAAGGAGAACUUUUGAGAAAUCUUUAAAAUAUUCAAAAAGUACUGCACUAUUUUGUGUGAAGAACAAACCAAAAUGUGAAUCUUGUUCUUAACGUCAAACUUGCCACCUGCUAUUUGUAAAUAAGUUUUAUUUUCGGGUGAACUAUUCCUUUAAGGUGAAGUUCAGUUGUUAGCAGUCAUCACUUGCAUAACCUAACAUGCACAGAUUAUACCAAAGCAUGACUUUUCUGACCAGACUGUUUGCAGUAUUGGCCCCUUACAAAAGCAGGUCAUUUAAUGGCAUUUCCUGUUAAUGCAUGGUAUGAAAGAAGUCCUGCUGAACCGUCUCUUGAUGUUUUGAUCAAAUGAUCACACAAUCCUUUUUCAUCCAAAGUCUACUUUAUUUAAAACCAUAUACAAGCUGCAUCCUGUCACACUGUGCCUCACACUACCAGACAUGAACAAGUCAUUGCUCAUAGAUCAACUGUUACACCAUCAGACUUCACAAACUCUUUUCAGCAAAUCCCUUUAUUGUAAGUAAAAUGCACUAUAGAAUAAAAGAUUAGAAGAGGUGACACCAUUCAAACUUCAAAGUUAUUAAAAUCUUUGAAAUCAACUAUAUCAAAAGAUUACUUCAGCUGCAAGAUUGCCAAGGCUAGUAUUUAUUUAAGCUUAUUAAUGUACCUAGAACUAUUUCUCAGGUGUUGUUUUUCAAAACACUCAAAGAAUGAGUGUCUUUAUAUAAAAUAGAUGAUGGAACUAAGGCUGACAUAUACUUGAAUGUGUUAGUUUUUUUUUUUUUUUUUUAAUGCACAUAUCUUCUUGUGGUUGUUAUUUCUGUCUAUUCCUAAAUGCAGAAAGUGCCAAAGUAGAGGUCUUUAAAAAAUGGGUAUUUCAUUUAAAAUGAAGACUGGCUAGUCUUCGUAAUAAAUUGCCGUUGUCAUUAAAA